AUGUCUAUAAAUGGCUCUCGCUGGCGCAAUGUCUCCUUUCAUGAUGCCGCCAAUCCUGAAGAGGCUCUUGGAGGGUUUGUCCAGAAUGGUUCGAUAACUGAGGCAAAUUUUCUUGACAUCCUUGGAAUCAUGCUGGUGGUUGGUGAGAGUCCUCUGCGUGUUCAAGAGCGGAUAUCUAGCUGUGUCGUAUCCAGAACGGAUGUGCCUCUUACAACAGGAGUUUACGAUAUUUAUUGUGAAGGUAUGUGUUAAAUUUCGGUCAUUCACUGGGUAGCUCAAUUCCUUAUUUUGUCAGUCUCCAUCCAAGUCCAUGAUGAGCUUUGGAUGCGCCGAGCAAUUUCUCAUAACAUCACUGGUAGGGAUCGUGCAUUCCGCCAUAGAAUCAGUAACCGUGACCGGAAAUGCCUUAUUUCCGGGCUUGUCAAUCCUGAGAGCAAUAUUCAAUCCCUCGACUGGAGCGGCUACGAGGCUGCUCAUAUCUUCCCCCUUGAGCAUGAAAGUCAUUGGGUUCAGUUUAACUAUUCACGAUGGAUGACAGACAUGCAUGAUGCUGCUGGAUCUUCGAAAAUCAACUCAUCGCAAAAUGGCCUCCUUCUCCAAUCCGACCUUCAUAAUGUGUUUGACCUCUACCUCUUGUCAGUCAACCCAGAUGACGGUUACAAGGUGGUUGUGUUCACUACCGACCGGCUUGGACUCGACGGUAGGAUUCUAGAUCCCGUUUGUCGAUCUCCGACCAAUCCUCACC